AUGACAAGUGUUCCAAAACAUCUUAAAACAGGUUCGGAAUGUCCACCAUUAAAAGAAAAUCAAUUACGAUUAUAUGGCAUGCGUUUUUGUCCCUAUGUUCAACGAGCUAAACUUGUUUUAGCUGCUAAAAAUAUUCCAUAUGAAGAAAUAAAUAUUAAUCUUGUUGAAAAACCAGAAUGGUAUUUAGAAAAAACUCCACCUGGUCAAGUUCCAGCAUUAGAAUGGAUUGAUAAUGAUACAAAAGAAGUUCGAUUUAUUCCAGAAUCACUUAUUGUUAGUGAUUAUCUUGAUGAAACAAAAGCUGAAAAUCGUUUACAACCAAAUGAUUCAUAUGUUAAAGCUCAACAACGUAUAUUAGUUGAAAGAUUUAAUAAUGUUGUAUCUCCUUUUUAUAAAUUUCUUCGAUCACAGGGUACAGAAGGUUCUGAAGAUUUAAAUCAAAGUUUAACAACAUAUGAAAAUGCACUUAAUGAUACUUAUUUCGGAGGAUCAAAACCAGCUAUGGUUGAUUAUAUGUUAUGGCCAUGGUUUGAACGUUUACCAUUAUUAAUUGACGUUGGUUUUCAAUUUAAUGUUGAUGGUAAAUUACCUAAACUUGCUGCAUGGAUUAAAGCAAUGGAAGCUGAUAAAAAUGUUCAAAAAGUUAAAGUUCCUUUUGAACUAACAAAAAAAUAUAUGGCUGGCUAUGUACAAGGAAAACCAGAAUAUGAUAUUGAAUAG